AUGGACGGCCAGCUGCUGCCGGUGCUGCUGCUGCUGCUCGGGGCCUCCGGCCUGUGGGGACAGGGGCCAGGGCCUGGGGGUCCCUUGGAGGAGCCCCCCGAGGAGCAGCCCCCCGAGGAGCAGCCCCCGGAAGAGGAUGGGGUCUUGGUGCUGAGCCGGCAGACCCUGGGCCAGGCCUUGCAGGAGCACCCAGCCCUGCUGGUGGAAUUCUAUGCCCCAUGGUGUGGGCACUGCAGAGCCCUGGCCCCUGAGUACAGCAAGGCGGCCGCCCUGCUGGCUGCAGAGUCGGCCAGAGCCAGACUGGCCAAGGUGGAUGGGCCCGCGGAGCCAGAGCUGGCCGAGGAGUUUGCGGUGACAGAAUACCCCACGCUCAAGUUCUUCCGAGACGGGAACCGCACACACCCGGAGGAGUACACUGGCCCCCGGGAGGCCGAGGGCAUCGCCGAGUGGCUGCGGCGACGGGUGGGGCCCAGCGCCAGGCAGCUGGAGCACGAGGAGGACGCCCGCGCACUCAUGGACGCCCGGGACGUGGUGGUCGUCGGCUUCUUCCAGGACCUGCAGGACAGGGACGUGGCUACCUUCCUGGGCCUGGCCCAGGACGCCCUGGACAUGACCUUUGGCCUCACCGACCGGCCGCAGCUCUUUCAGAAGUUCGGCCUCACCAAGGACACGGUGGUCCUCUUUAAGAAGUUUGACGAAGGGCGGGCGGACUUCCCGGUGGACAAGGAGCUGGGCCUGGACCAGGGGGACCUGUCACGCUUCCUGCUCACGCACAGCAUGCGCCUGGUCACAGAGUACAACAGUGAGACAUCCUCUAAGAUCUUUGCGGCCAGGAUCCUUAACCACCUGCUGCUGUUCAUCAACCAGACGCUGGACGCCCACCGGGAGCUGCUGGCAGGCUUCCGGGAGGCAGCUCCCCCUUUCCGGGGGCAGGUGCUGUUCGUGGUAGUGGACGUGAGUGCCGACAACGACCAUGUGCUCCAGUACUUCGGCCUCGAGGCCCGGGAGGCCCCCACCCUGCGCUUCAUCAACGUCGAGACCACCAAGAAGUAUGCGCCAGAGCCCGGGGCGCUGGUCACCGCUGCCGCCGUCACAGACUUCUGCCGUGUGGUCCUGGGUGGAGGGGUCAAGCCCUAUCGCUUGAGCCAGGAGGUCCCCCCAGACUGGGACCAACGGCCAGUCAAGACCCUCGUGGGCAAGAAUUUCGAGCAGGUGGCUUUUGAUGAGACUAAGAAUGUGUUUAUCAAGUUCUACGCCCCGUGGUGCACCCACUGCAAGGAGAUGGCCCCGGCCUGGGAGGAGCUGGCCGAGAAGUACAGGGACCACGAGGACAUCGUCAUCGCCGAGCUGGACGCCACGGCCAAUGAGCUGGAGGCCUUCCCUGUGCACGGCUUCCCCACCCUCAAGUACUUCCCAGCAGGGCCCGGGCGGAAGGUGAUUGACUACAAAGGCGCCAGGGACCUGGAGACCUUCUCCAAGUUUCUGGACAGCGGGGGCGAGCUGCCCACAGAGGAGCCUGUGGAGGUGCCUGGAGCCGCCUUCCCGGAGAAGCCAGGAAACGCCACGGAGCCCAGGGACGAGCUAUAG